UCGUUGAAAUUUUUUCACUAUUUCUCUCUCUCUCCGAGCUAAUUUAAUUUCUCUCUCUAAAAUCGCAUUUCGGAUUCGAACCCUAACUCUUUUUUCCCCAAAAAAUUUGACACUCUUCAUGGAUCGUUUUUUCAAGCUCCAUUUCAAAGGCUUCUCUAUGUCACUGAUAAGGUUGAGUUUUGAAACAUGGCUAUUGGGGUCAAUGUUUAAAUGUUAAAGAAGAGGCACUAAUUUUCUUCUCACAAAGCUUUAGCCGUUGUGUUUUUGGCUUUGGAUUAUCUAUGCCUGGCAACGAAGUUGGAGAUAGGAUCCAUAAUUUCCUUGGAGGAGAGAGUUUGUCUCAGGGCCAGCAUCACUCACACGUCUUUGAUGGUACCUGGUCUGGCUUAAAUAACAAUCAGUGGGUUGGAAGCCAGAGACAAGUUGGCGGACCUCUUGUUUCCGGUUUGAAGAAUUUCAGUUUACAUCAAUUAGCUGAUGCUGACAGAGGACAAAGUGGUCAGUCUUCAAGCCUGCAGCAUGGCCUGAACUUUACACAGUCAGGUCUGAGGCCUGAAGGUGUCAGAAGUCAAUCUCAAAAUCAAUCAUCAAAUGUAAAUGGCUAUAUGCAAGGGCAUCAGGCUUUCCAGACAAGGCAGAAUGAAACCAACUUUUUGGGAGUGGAUACAGCAUCUCGGGGCCCUGAUCUUCAUAAGAAAAAUCCAAUGAGAUUGGACGCUGCUGAAUCGCCAGUAAAUUAUGAUUUUUUGGGCGGGCAACAGCAAAUUAAUGGACAGCAUCAUGGCAUGAUCCAGCCUUUGCCGAGGCAACAAGCAGAGAGGACUGACAUGCAGCUGUUACAGCAACAUGCCAUGCUUAAGAAAAUGCAAGAAUUACAGAGGCAGCAACUUCCAAACUCACAGUUUCAGCAACCAGAAGCAAGGCAGUUGAGUUCUGUGAAUCAGGUUUCCUCUGUUGUAAAACAGGGAUCAGAUAGUGUUUUUCUUGCUCCAAUAAAUGGUGUUCCUGUCCAUAAUGCUUCGAAUUAUUCGUGGCAGACAGAGAACGUGAACGUAAAUGUAAAUGCAAAUUGGCUGCAGGAUGGUGCCACUCCAGCCAUGCAAGGAUCCUCUAGUGGAUUUUUGUUUUCCCCUGAGCAAGGCCAGGUGCAUUUGAUGGGUUUGGUUCCUCGACAGGUUGAUCAGUCAUUUUAUGGGAUCUCUACUAGUGGUCCAAUAGUAGAUCAAUAUCAAUAUUCUUCUGUCCAAAUGGAUGAGCCUUUAAUGCAGCAGGUGCAAGCCAGAAGUAAUUCCUUUCCAGGUAAUCAGUAUGCUAUGUUCCAAGAUCAAGUUAGCUUGCAAGAUGGGUCUUUGGUUUCUGGACAGGGCGACCAGGGUAAAAAUGUCUUUGGUGCUGCAGCUGGUCAAGGUUUAAAUAAUGGAUUUCUUUCAGAAAAUUUGCAGCAAACGACUAUCCUACCCAAAAAUGCAGUGAUGCAGGAAUCUAGUGGGAAGCAAGGACAACCUGGUCCCUCAGAAACAUCCCUCAGGAAGUCAUCGAUUCAGGCUGACCCCCCUCAGGCUGUGGCUACCCUAGAUCCGACUGAAGAAAAGAUAUUGUUUGGUUCAGAUGACAGUGUGUGGGAUAUGUUUGGAAAGAGUGCCAAUAUGGGCUCAGUUUUGGAUGGUAUGGACUCUUCUGGGGCAUUUCCUUCACUGCAAAGUGGAAGUUGGAGUGCUCUUAUGCAGUCUGCUGUGGCAGAAACCUCUAGUAACGAUAUUGGGAUACAGGAAGAGUGGAGUGGUUUAGGCAUGCAGCAUAACGAACCUCCAAGUGGUAACAUGCCUUCAUCAAUUGUCAACUAUGGCAGCAAACAGGAAUCUGCUUGGGCUGAUAACAAGUUUCCGCCUGCCUCAACACUGAACUCUAAACCUUCUCCCAUGUCUCAGAGAUUUGUUAAAGAGUUAACAGAAGACAGUAGCAAACGGCUAGAUUGCAGUUCUUUACGAAAGCACGUAGCUGAAAGUGCUGAAUUCUUAGGAAAUGCUUCUCACUCUCCCGGUAUGCAAGUUACUGCAAACAGUAUUUCAGGUCACCAACAAGGAUUGGCCAUACAUAGUCCUCAUUGUCAGCCACAGAAUGAACCAAAUGGUUGGAACUCCAUUGAUUCUGCAUCACAUAGUGUUGGUACCACAUCAAAAAGUCAGGAUAUUCAAAGGUCCUUGCAACCUUCUCAGAGUAGUGAUCAGAGAGGUGCUAUGUAUAAGGAGAGAGGUCAUAGUUCUGGUUUUGAUCUUACAAAUAUUAAAUCAGGGAAUGUGAAUUCUGGCUUGGGAAGCCUACAGGUGAAUGGGGAAGCCUCUGAUCUGGAUAAUUUUGCUGAAAUUACAGAUAAAAGAACCACAAGGGUCACCAAGGAAAGCAGCCAACUUCCAAACAGUCGUAAUCUUCAUCUCUGGAAAAGUGUUGAUUCUCAAGUUAACCGUGGACUAAGCAGGGUUCCAGUAGAAUAUCAGCAAAUUCAGGAAAGGAGCCCUGAAAAUUUGGAUUCAUCUGGAAAUCAUUGCUUGGACAAGGGAGCAUCUGGAGUAAAUGUUUCAGGGGAUCUCAAUGUCAAAGAAACUUCUAAUGACAGUUUUUGCUCCAACUUACCACAAUAUACUACCACUGGUGGUAUGAGAGACAAUGUUUGGCUGGAUGUAAAUGAUUUACGAGGAGGAAAACAGAAGUCAUCUGCUCAUAUUAGUCAUAAACCUUCUGUGACCCGUAAGUUUCAGUAUCAUCCUAUGGGGGAUUUAGAUGUUGAGAUCGAACCUUCUUAUGGAACUAAAAGUGUUGCACAUUCACGAGCAACAUCCCAACAUGUUUCUCAAGGAUUGAAGGGUCAUGACAAGGGAUACUCUGGGCAGUCACAAUUAACUGGUCAUGCUGGUGGAGAGGCUACAGAAGUUGAGAAGGGUUGUUUUCCUGGCCUUAAAGUAGACAAGAUACCCUCAAAAAGUUCAAAUCCUGGUUCUGCACCUGACAGAUCUUUUGGUGGUUUUGUGCCAAACAAGACAUCUCCAACAAGUCAAAAUAUACUGGAGCUUUUUCAAAAGGCUGAUCCGCCAAAGGAGCAUGGUACUGCAACACGCUUAAGCUCUUCUGAACACAAUCAAUCAUCUGAAAUGCCUGAUGCAGAAACUUCUAAUGGAUCAGUGGAUCAGUUUCAGCAUAAUAGGCCUAUUGCUUCUCAAGGUUUUGGUUUACAACUAGGGCCCCCAUCCCAAAAGUUUACUAUUCCAGAUCGUGCAAUUUCAUUGCAGAGUUUCCCUCAAGGAGUUAAUUCUCUAAAUUUAGUUCACGGCUCUUCUGAGAUAGGAAGGAAAGGUCAUACAUGGUUGGAUACUAUUGCUUCUGUUCAGUCCUCAACUCAUGGAGCAUCCCAUGGAGAUAGGAGUAAUGUUUCAAGUGUCUCUGGUCAAACCAGCAACAAAGCCUCACAAAAUACUAUGGAGGCCAGUGUUUCUGCAGGUUUUACCUCUUACAAUCCUCAUUCAAAAAGUCAUCUCCAAAGCCAGCACGUCAGUAGUGUUGGCAGUCAAGGAACACCAAAGGAAUAUGUCAAUGCACCUUUUGGUGUUUUGGCAUCUCAGAUGAAGCGGACUGAUGAUUCUUCUGUGAUAGUUCAAGCUAGUCAAGGAAGGAAAUCAGCACCUUGCAUGCCCAAAACUGCUCCCGGUGAGAAUCUUGCUUCUUCAGAGGCUUCUUGGCCUAGUAGUAGCAACAAAAACAAUGCAAGGGAUCCAGGCCAGCAUUUUCCAGUCUUGGAGGCUUCUUUACCUUCUACUACAUCUGAAUCUUCACAAGGUGCUUUUACAAAAAAUAUGCCUAAUUUACAUGCAAGUGUCUCAGCCCCACAACAUCUAUUAGGAGCUCAGAGUGCUCUGGCCUCACAAAAUUUGUUUAAGCCUAAUCAUCAGUCAAAUAUUAAGUCCGAAGCAUCUCAUCCUGGAUCAAAAAAGCUAGAUGAUCAAAUUGCCCAGGUAGUAGGUAGUGGUCGAUCUGAGUUCCCUGCAGACUGUGCUAAACCACAAAGCUUUGUUGGAGAAAAGCAACCUGCAAACGACCAGCAGGUAUUGCGAGAGAACGAUGCCAGCCAAAAUCUUGCAGCCAUGCAAAGAGAUAUUGAAGCUUUUGGCCGUUCUUUAAGACCGAAUAAUGCUGCAAACCAGAAUAAUUUAUUGUUGCAUCAGGUGCAGGCCUUGGAAAACGUAGAGAUUGAUCCGAGUUAUAGGAGUGUCAAAAGAUUUAAAGGUCCAGACUCUGGUUUGGAUGCUCAGCUGGUUGGUUCCCAUGGUCAGGAGGAACGAUCUUAUGGAUCCGGUACUGUGAUGAGAGAUGCUGCAGUUAAUUUUUCAUCAGAUCCUUCUGGAAAUUCUAAGAUGCCAAGCUUUUCAUCGAACACUGGAGAUGACAAUGAAAGACAGUUAUCUUCUAGUGAUAUGCUGGCAUCUUAUCAGAAUGAUUCCCAGGAUUUCCCCAAUGCUAAUAAUCCAGCUGCUGUUCUCAAGGGUGAACACUCUCAGAUCAGUCCCCAGAUGGCUCCGUCUUGGUUUGAUCGGUAUGGGAUGUUCAAAAAUGGGCAAAUGAUGCCUGUAUACGAUGCUCGGAAAAUUGCCAUGAUGAAGGCUACAGAAAAAAUAUUUACUGUUGGUAGACCUCCUGACAGCUUGCAUCCUCUUCAUUCAAGUGAGCAGGUUAAUGCUGCUGCUGCUGCUAGUCAGUUGGAUAAUGCCCAGCAAAGCUCAAACCUGUUGCCCGUAGCAAGUGAUCAUUUCUCCCCCCACUCUCAGUGUCCUGGUGUCACAAAUCAGAGUUUGGUUGUUGUGAGAGCAAAGAAGCGUAAAAGUAUGACAUUUGAGCUUCUAUCAUGGCAUAGAGAAGUGACACAAGGUUCUCAAAAGCCUCAGAACAUCAGUGUGGCAGAAGCAGAAUGGGCGCAUGCAGCGAAUCGCUUGAUCGAGAAGGUUGAAGAUGAACCUGAAACAAUUGAAGAAUGGUCACCAGUGCUUAGAACGAGAAGAAGGCUUAUAUUGACAACACAGCUUAUGCAACAACUACUUCGUGCUCCUCCAAGAGUAGUUUUUUCUACAGAUGCUAGCGAAAACCAAGAGACUGUGGCCUAUUUUGUUGCCAGAUCAGUUUUAGGGGAUGCAUGUUGCACAUCAUAUGUCCCUGAAAGUGAUACAGCUGAUCCUCCUGACGGUGGAUGCAUCCUCUCUGAAAAGCUUAAGGAGGAGAAAAAUGAGUCCAUCUUAAAGGCUGCAGAAGAGAUUAUUGUCAGGACAAAGAAGCUGGAGAAUUAUUUGCAGAGUCUGGACAAGAGAGCCUCAAUCUUGGACUUAAGAAUAGAAUGUCAGGAUCUAGAGAAGGUUUCUGUCAUCAAUCGUUUUGCCAAGUUCCAUAGCCGGGGGCAAGGUGACGGGGCUGAAACCUCGUCAUCUUAUGCAAUUGCUAGUUCUCACAAAUUCUUCCCCCAGAGAUAUGUUACUGCACUACCAAUGCCCAGGAAUCUCCCCGAUAGGGUACAAUGUCAUUCACUUUGAUCAGUAGCUAAUUGAUUUUCCCCUCGUUUUCGGCCAACCGGUUCUUGCCGCACCACCUUCAUCAAACUUAAAUAUUUCACCACACAAAUGGAAACGUAGGAGAAGAAUGUGUGGUUUUAAACCAAGGAAGGCUCAUAGAAUCUCUUCACUGGUGCAUGAUUUUUGAGAAAUUAAUAUAUAAGUUGGUCAGUGAGUGUAGGCCAUUGGUGCCUCUUGAUUUUUGGGUGAAUUGGGGGAGAAUAGAAGAGCUUUGUUUCUGAUAAUUCAACAUAUAGAAAGCUGAAUAUUCAGGUAAUUAAAGUGUAAUUUAUUAAAAGCCUUUUGGCCUUCCCAUAAUAGCUGUCUCAUCUUUUGUUCUCUUUCAGACAGGCAGUGGAAGGGGUUGGGGCUUAGGGAAUUGGUUGGCGAUGUUUACAGUAUAAAAUGUUCCAAAGCCUUCAAUCAGCUAUUAUCCUUUUAUAUCGGGAUUCAAAGGUGAGUGUAAGAUGUUGGUAUAUGUUAUUACCACUAUAUUUUUUGAUAUAUAUAUAUAUAUAUAUUUAAGGUUAUAACGUGAAUAUUUUUUUAAAAAUAGUUUAAAAGUUCGGAUAGCAUAAAUCAAUGAAUUUUAAGGCUCUCUAAUAUCUGGGAAUUCCUUUUU